AUGAUCCAACCCGUGAUCCGUUGUUCAGAGCAACUCGAGUACUAUGUCAUCAAUGGUGGCAAAGCUGCAACCAAAUCCGCCACUGCAGUCGCACUCAUGUAUCAAGCUCAAGGCGAACCAUGGUCCAAGACGGACAAUCUUGCAUUCCAACCUGGAGAGGCAGACGCAAUUAGAAAGCUUUUCACAAACCCGAACCGAGAUGAGGCGCGAGCCAAUGGCGUCCGGAUCGGCGGGAAGAAGUACUUCGUGACCUCAUUUGAAUCUGGCAGUCGGAGCCUCUACGGAAUGCAGGGUCCCAACGGAUGUGUGAUCGUAACGACGAACAGCUCAAUCAUUGUGGCCAUUUGCGAACCCCCUAUCGACCAGAAGCUAUGCAUCGCUGCCGUAGAAGGAUUUGCAGACUACCUCAUGAAGUUGAACUACUAG